AUGGCCUUCGAAUGGAUGGACCAUAGCUUGGUGGACUUCGAUCCCAAAUAUUUCAAACAGCAUCCUAGGAUCCUGCAGGUAGCUUCAAAGAGCGUUUUGAAGGCUCUCGCAACUUACAAGGAGCUGAACCUGAUUCAUACAGAUCUCAAACAUGAGAAUAUUCUUAUCUCGAACAUCGACUCAGAAGAGCCUACGGUAAAGUUGGCAGAUCUCGGAGCAAGUGAACAUUGGGCCGUCGCGAAGCUCUUCCGCCUAUUCAACAGUUUACCUUCCCCUGUUGAUAGAUACCGCGAGUCAGAAUGGGAGCUGGCCGAAAAGCUAGUUGAUCCACAAUACGGUUAUAUGAAAGUCGGUACAAUAGACAAGGAAAUCAGAAAGUUGGAGUUGCCAGAAAUCAUGGUUGAUUUUAUCAUGUCCCUACUUGUCGUGGAUGAUGAGAAGAGGCCAACAGCUCAGGAGGCAUUGAAAUACCCGUUCAUUCAUGCCGAGUUUUGA